CACACCCUCCCCAACAUAAAUGCGCCCCUCUCACUUUCUCUCUCUUCCAGUGCCCACACUCUGAAGUCUCAACCCAGCUCCCUCCAAUACACUCUAGAUCAUCUCCAUUAAAUUCAAACCCACUACUCCAAAUCCUUUAAUUUAAUCUGGGUAUCGCUUCAAACUUAUGCAACGCUCUUCCUUCCCAAUUUCAGUGCCACCCCCAAUUUCAUUUAUUAGGGUUCUAAAUUCCUAACACAUUUCAAAUCAAAAUUAAAUUUGACAACUACAGUAUUUUUUUUUGUUGAUUUUGAGGGUUUGAGAAAUGGGAGUUGGGGGCACUAACCAACCCUUGCCUGAAUCUGGGUUGGUUAAUGCUACCACUAUGAAUGGAAAUGUGAAUGUUAAUAUCAGUAUUAAUGGUAGUAAUACAGAUGAUCAGAAUUUGUUGAAGCUUCAAAAACACCAUGUUUCUUGCUGGAGAUCUCAAAGGAAGCCAUUAUCAUGGUCAUUUGUUUGUGGGAUUAUGCUAUUUGCGCUUGGUUUAAUCUCUUUGUUUACUGGCCAUGUUGUAUCUGAUCUUGAGUACUACUCUCAACGCUUGAUUAAGCCUCACUUGAUCACCAAAUGGGCUGCGAGCAGUCAUGAACCAAUUAAUAUAUGGAAAUCAAAAUAUAUCGAUGCUUACUACGGAUGCAGUAGAAGAGGCCGGCAUUUUCGAUCUGCUGUCCCACAGCGAUUUUCAAAUGGAUAUUUGCUUAUUGCAACCAGUGGAGGGCUGAAUCAACAGAGAACUGGGAUUACAGAUGCUGUGGUAGUAGCUAGAAUACUUAAUGCUACUCUAGUUGUUCCCUCACUGGACCACAAUUCCUAUUGGAAAGAUGAGAGUGACUUUGCAGACAUUUUUGAUGUUGAUUGGUUCAUAUCUUCUCUUGCAAAGGAUGUGAAAAUUGUAAAAAGAGUUCCUGAUAAAAUCAUGAGAUCUAUGGAAAAGCCCCCGUAUACAAUGCGAGUGCCUAGAAAAUCGACCCCCGAAGAUUAUUUAGAACUCGUCUUGCCAAUACUUUUGAGACGACGUGUUGUGCAGCUGUACAAGUUUGACUACAGGCUAGCAAAUGACCUUGAUUCAGAGCUCCAGAAGUUGCGAUGUCGAGUUAAUUAUCAUGCACUGCGAUUUACCAAGCCAAUACAGGAACUUAGUUCGAAAGUUGUGGUGAAAAUGCGUGAGAUGUCUAAGCGAUUCAUUGCAGUUCAUUUGAGGUUUGAGCCUGAUAUGCUUGCAUUUUCUGGGUGCUACUAUGGUGGAGGUGAAAAGGAGAUAAAUGAGCUUCGUGAAAUCAGGAAGCGAUGGGACACAUUACCAGAUUUGAGCCCUCUCGAAGAGCGUAAAAGAGGAAAGUGUCCACUUACUCCUGAAGAAGUUGGUCUUAUGCUGCGAGCACUUGGCUAUAAGAAUGAUACUUACCUCUAUGUGGCGUCGGGUGAAAUUUAUGGUGGGGAGGCAACUCUACAACCGCUCAGGGAACUUUUUCCAAACUUUCGCACAAAGGAGAUCCUUGCUGGCGAGGAGUUGAAUUCUCUCAUGCCUUUCUCUUCUCGUCUUGCUGCCAUUGACUACAUAGUAUGUGAUGAGAGUGACGUAUUUGUGACCAACAACAAUGGGAAUAUGGUAAAGAUACUUGCAGGUCGCAGGAGAUAUAUGGGUCACAAGAGGACAAUUAAACCGAAUGCAAAAAGGCUUAGCGCUUUAUUCAUGUCCCGGGAUACAAUGGACUGGCGUACAUUCGCUAAAAAGGUCAAGUCAGCCCAGAGGGGAUUCAUGGGCGAACCAGAUGAAAUGAAACCCGGAAGGGGUGAGUUUCAUGAAUUUCCAGCCGCUUGCAUAUGCAGGAGACGAACUAGCAGAUCUAAUAGCAGCAUUAGUGAAGAAUUUGACAUUUCUGAGAGCGAGAGGUGGCGUAGAUUGAACAACACGGCUAUUGCAGAAAAGUUGGGAUCUCCGAAAGACUCAGAAGAUGAUGAAUUUUUGCCUAGAUUGUGAUUGUGGUAAAAGUUAUCAUCAAAUUACAUGAGUCUCAAAGUAAUAGGUUUAGUUUUUUUGAGUGGGUUUUGGUCUGACGAAAUUCGAGCUAGAUUGAUGUAAAUAUCAGUUAGAACACUCAGAUGACCUCCAAUUGUUUAUAAAUGGGUUUUUUUUGCAGUUUAUGUAGGUAGAUCUGAAACUGAUUCUUUGUGUGAUAAGACCCAAGACGUAUGACCUAGCAUUUAGGCUUUGCUCUCUGUUGUUUGAUAUACUCAUUUGCUAAAGCAGAAGAGCAAUGGCAACUUUUAUAUCGAUAUGUUCAUUCUUUUAAAA